CCCUCCACAAAUAAAGACUGUCUUUAAAGGAGCUCAGAACUGGACCAGCGGCACCACAGCCGUGAGCCGAGGGAGCAGAGAGUGUCGGUGAAAACAGGCAUAAGCAAAGAGGACUGUGGGUCAGAGAGACUGGAGACAAGGGGCUUCCCGCUUAAGUCUUGAAGUUGAGAGCGUCAGCCUGCUCUUCAUGGCACCUCUGUAUCUGUUGAUGGAGCUGAUGGUGGUUGCUGUGGCAACAGAGGCCCGUACAGCCAGCGAGGCGAAUGAACUGGAUUAUGGGUACUGGAACUACAGAGAGGGAGCUGACAGCGUGAACGUAGCCUCAGUACGCAGUGUGACCAGAGUUUUAGACGCCUGGGGAAAACGGAUCUUCAGUGAGAUCAAGACUUUGCUGCACUCUCAGCCCAGCACGUUGCUACCCGACUACUCCAGGGUGCGCCCUCUGUCCGAGUCCAUCAACGACCUCUUCAGAGAAGUUUUCCUGCUGCAUCGCCGCAUCGAUGAGCUCUCUCAUCGCCUAGCAACGUUGGAGCCGUUCCUCCGUCGCCACGGCUACCGUGGGGAGGAUAUGGAAAAGGUGGGAGGCGGCAAGGCUCAGAGCCUGAAAGGGGAGCUGGCAACUCUUGCCCGGUAUGACCUGAGGAGCAGAGCGAGGGCAAGCGUGCCCAAAGGGAGCAAGGUGGUGAGGAGACGGGUGAGAGUCCUGAAGAACAGAGGAGUGAAGCAGGUUCAGGGUGAGUGAUGAAGAGACAGAACGAGUAAAAAGGAGGGAAUGAAGAGAAAAUUGUAUUGGCUGAUGAUUGAAAACCUUUCAAAAGUUCCUUUUUGUAGAAUAAAAUGCAAUAUUUACACUAAUCAUCCUGUGAGAUGAUGAAUGAUGCUUUAUAGUGUGUUUUAGUAAAAGAAAAAAUGUUUCUUCUUUAAUAAACUUUCUUUUUAUCUGUAUUUAAUUGUUGAAGUGUUCAUAUAAGAUUGAAGUAACUUCUUGUCAUUUCAAUCCCUAAGACAGCAGGAGCAUCCUUAAGUUAGUUAUUUCACACGUUCUAUUGUUUCAGAAGCUUUCAGACACAUUUCCAUGAGCACUGAUUUCCAUUUCUCUGAUGAUUUAUAGUUGAAAACAAAGUGAUAUUGCAAACAACCUGUGCUUUAGAAAUAUAGACAGCGCAGACAUGCAAGCUUCCAGCUUAAACUUCAAUAAUGGUGUUCACUGCUGUAAUGCUCAUAAUCGGGUAUUUCAGGGCUACAGCUAUGUCUUCUUUAAAUACAAACAAACAUAUGAUUCUUUCACAGAAUAUCUGCUUUGCUCAGUAAAUAAAACUAAAUAAGACUUACAGGAAUAAAUCCUGCUCAGAAAAUUGAUGAAAUUGGGUUAAAAUGUCAUUCAGUGUUGAUUCAAUAUCUUCAAAUAAAAAACU